GCGCGGUGCCCGCUGUUUCUCUCCGGCGCUGUGCGGAGCGUCUGCACUCAAAUCAGGUCAUCAGCAGCGGAUCAACACGAGCCACCGGCGCGUGCGCGCGCUCACUCACUCACUCGCACGCGCAUCUCUUUCCGCACUCACCGACGCGACGUGUCUGGAUAAAGAGGGGCACCGGAGGAGCAGGAAACACUGCCCCAGGCUACAGCACUGAAUCAGCAGCUCAAUAAGUGAUGCCGUAGUGGAGCUUCCCUAGUGGGUGUAUAAACGCUGUACUCUUACUGAUGAGCUGGUAUGCUGAUUAGAGCGUUGCUCAGCCGAGCACAUCCUUCUGGGAACAGCAACAACUAUACACCUGACUCAAGUACCUGAAUAAACUCCACCUGGAUCUCUCUCUCGCUCUCAGCGUUUCUUGUACCUCUCUCUGUCUCCGGCAGCCAUGAUCGCCUCGCUCUGGCUGGGGGGGUAACGGUGAGUUAAUUGGCGAAUUGGCGUGUUGGUUGCCGUGGUGAAGUGGCGCCGUGUUCACAGCAGCAGUGUCAGCAGUGUGAUGGCCUCGUGAGGUGAAGAUGGCAGCGUUGUGGCUGUGUCGUCCCCAGCAGCCCCAUCAGAGCGGUUAAGGAGGAAGACAACGCUCUGGGCACAGGAGCAGCAUGCAGGAGGCUGACCUACCGGCCACUAAUGCUUUCACAGAGUGCAAGUUCCUGUGCACCAAUGGCCGCUGCCUGGAUCUCAGCUCCCUGGUGUGUGAUCAACUCAACCACUGCGGAGACAACAGUGAUGAGGAGAACUGCCCCGUUUCCACCCAGCACCCUUCUCCUGCUCUGUUCUACUCUGAAUUGGAGUUUGUGCAGAUAAUAAUCAUAAUUGUGGUGAUGAUGGUAAUGGUGGUGGUGAUUAUCUGUCUUCUGAACCACUAUAAACUCUCAACCUGGUCCUUGAUGAGCAGACUGGGCCAGGCCAGGAGGCAGGAGCAGUCUCUGCAGCCGGAGGGAUGUUUCUGGCCAUCAGAAAGUGGAUCCAGACAAGGAGCUUCAGAGGUGGUCUACGCUCCUCAUCCUCGUGAGCGCUUCAGCACUCCCUCAUUCCUGCAGCGAGAUCGCUUUAGCCGUUUCCAACCUACCUACCCUCUCCUGCAGCAGCACAUCGACCUGCCACCCACCAUCGCACUUUCGGAUGGAGAGGAGCCGCCGCCGUACCAGGGCCCAUGCCCGCUGCAGCUGCGAAACCCUGAGCAACAGCUCGAGCUGAACCGCGAGUCAGUGCGAGCGCCACCCAACCGCACAGUCUUCGACAGUGACCUGAUGGACAGCCAUGGCCCGUGCCCACCUAGCACCAACACAGGCAUCAGUGCCGCCAACUGGAGUGCCCACGGACGCACGGAGGGUCCUCCACCCGCCUACAGUGAGGUCAUGGGCCACUUCCCAGGCACGGCGUUUUACCUUCACCAGCACAGCAAUAACCAGUCCUCCUCCGUGCCAACUGUGCCUGGUGCCAGGACGCGCCAGGGCAGCACGGAAAGCACAAUAGUUCUGAGCAAAGCCAAGGACAUGCAGAGAGGGGAGCUGGUGUAAGGUCAGCUCUACCUGCCCUCUCCUUUUACAGGCUACAAAGGGGUGUGGUCACUCUCUGGACACUCCCAUGCACAACAUAAAAUGCGUCUGUCUUCACUACAAAAGCAAAGCCACAUUAUAAGAAGGAAUCAAGCGGAGCAAAGCUUACAAAAUAACAUUUUAUUGACUGUCUCUCUCAUAAAAAGACACAGCAAAGCUUUGUAGCGCUAUUUUGUACUUGUGUAUUACAUUCAAAUGGGAGACGAUAUUAGCACAUUUCUUUUUCCUUCUUGGUCACGUGUUCUUCUAAACACCAACACAUCUACAAGUUUAGGGACUUGGAGUUGAGGAUAGGUUUUCCAUGACCAUGAUCUGUGCACAGAUAAGAAUUUAAAAAGUUAUUGGAACAAAAAUCCAAAUCCUAGUGCCAAGGUUUUUGUGUGGGGGCUGGCGUGAGGGUCAACACUCACAAUCAUACAUCAACAUCAAAACCCACAAAAGUUGCACUAUCUUUAUUGUGGAAAAGAGGUGCAGGAAAUGCAGUGCAUGGCCUUUGUUGUUAAGGAAACUCCAAAGUUGGCGAUCUGUAAAAGCAGUAGGGUUUUCACCUUACUUCUGCACAAGAGUUACUUAUAUCCAGCCUAAAAUCCUCCUUCCCAGCUCUUAGACCCCUCAUAGUCUUUCUUUGACACCUCUUGAGGUUAGAUGGAUGCUAGCAGAAUUUUACUUUCACUCAAUAGUGUCACUUUACAAGCAGAAAUGUUAUACAGUUAUAAAGUAAUUACUUUUUUAUGAGUGUACUUUUUUUUUUAAGCAUCUAACAGUCUUUUCUCCUGGAGCAGUGUUGACAUCAUUUAUUUUCUCUCUUGAUAGGCUUAAACCUCUACAGUAGAUGAUGAUGGAAAGGUGUCAUGUGAGCAGGGUGUUAUCCGUGCUCUUAAAGCUAUUGGUUUAUGAACUGCAAUCAAGGCUGUUGUUGUAAUCCAUUAUAUGUAUUGCACUUGGCCCGUGACAAAAACCAAAACGACAUUUAUUUCUCAUCAGAAUGGUUUAUAAACAAUGAGGUGUUCAGCAUGAAUGGAAGCUUCUCUUAGCUUUUCCUUACUUGAAACGGCUAAUGCUUCCCAUUCGUGCACUCUGUCACUUUCGGUCCCUUUCACGCCACAGAACCCCAUCUGUACAAUAUUGUGAUGGAUGGUGCCAUAGUAACCAGAGUGAGCAAAAACAAACAAGGAUUCAAGCAUAGCCUGUAUUGCUGUGCUGUCUCAGUGUCCUAGGUUUGGUAGGAUAAUCACAUUUAGGAACACGGUAAAGCUAAGGGCUAAAGUAAGGGUUGGUCGCUGUAAUAUCUCAUUAACCCAGCCUUCCUCUGAUUAGAUUGCCUUUUCUGCUUGUCCCUUCUCGCUCAUUUCUGAGAUGGGCUGCUAUUUAUGCCACUGGUUUGUCCUGUGUUUCAGGUGAAAACGUGGUGAGUUGAGAUGAAUUCCUGCUUAGGUCUGUGUUGGGGCAGGUCUUCAUGUGUAAGAUUUCAGCCACAUGGCAUGAAAAGACUCGAACCCAAGCAGUUUACGAUGCCUAAGAAUACAAGCCCUCAGUUCCAUCGCAAAACGCUGCACUCUUCUAUUUAAUAUACAAUCAUGUUCUUAUUUUCAAUCCAUAGCAUUGUGGGUAUUUGGCAAACAGAUCCAAACCAUGGUGCUACAUUUAACUUAGAAGUUUACAAUCUGAGCAACCUUUGCUGUUCUCUAUUACACUUACACAGAAUGGAGUAGUGGUCAGCACUGUUGUGGUGUAAGAGACUGGAUGCAUGCAGGCCGUUAGCUAGCCAUUGACUUUGACUAAAUGGAGGUUAGCUAACCAGUCAAACUCUCUGAGCUCUUAGAUGUUGAAUUUUGACAAGUACCCAAAGGAACUUUUGCCUUGUAGUGCGGAACACAUCCCUUUAAUGUAAGACUGAGUCACCUUUUUAGCUCUAUUAUUUUUUUGUUCAUCCAGGGCACUGAACAUGGAUAAACAUUCAUUUAAAACUUCAAUUAUGUUUCACUGAUACAUGCUUAUCAACUGCCCUUUUGUUCUACAUUAUCAGUAGAGUUUGAGUAUCACUGCCCCAGAAAUCGGUGUUUGGCUGUCCUGUACUAUGUGUGUGUGUGUGUGUGUCUGAGAGAGAACGUUUAUUCAUGAAGACGAUGUGACCUGUAGGCUAGUUUGUCCAGCCAGAUUACGAAGCCUGGUUUCUCAAUCUGGCUCUUGACCUCAAGCCUUAACUGCCUAGAAGUACACUUGAAAGACAACGAGACAUUAAAGUGGACAUUGACUUGACCCAGACUAAACAGUGUCCUCAAGCAUGGGUGUGUGUGUUUUGUUUAGAAAGCCAGCUCAUUCUGCAUGCAUGUUCAGGGCUGGUUCCCUGAUCAGAUAUUGAGGAUGUAAGUACCCUAGUUUUCUCUGAAUGUGUGUGUUUUUAGUCCAGGACUAGGUCUGAUCAGUGUCUGUCAGUGUUGGGAAGGACGUGAAGGAUUUUUGUUAUUGAGCAUUUAUAUAAUGAACAGAGCCACUGUCUGCCCACUUCAUUGUCCAGGAGGUGUUUUGGGCACAAAUUGAAACUAGCCAAGGAUCAAAUGAGUAAACGUGGUUCGGUCUAUUUUACUUCCAGUCUAGGUUUUAAUCUGUACCUGGAGACCUGAACCUCCACAAAAGACCACAAAACUUAACCUUUUGUACUGCAAUGCCAGCAUUUAGUAAGGGCUUCUGCCAGCUUCCCCCCUGCACCAUGGUCUUAUUUUUUAUCUCCAGUAGGUUGAGAUGGACUCAGCCAGUAGCACCACUUUUGCAGAAAGACUCACCGACGUUUCUUUUUGUUUGGUGCCGACUGAGAUGCUUUAAAGUGUUCUGGUCAGUUUUCUCCCUUCAUUUACUCUUCCAAAGAGCUCUCGGAGCUUAUCCUUCAUCUGUGCUGUUUAUUGCUGCUGCUAUCGCUGCUGCUGCUGCCGCUGCUGCUUUCGCCAAACGAUUGCAGGUCUGGCCCACGCUUGUUGGCUCAACCCUUGCCCCAUCUAACGACCAUCAUUUCACCAUCUCCACCCGGCUUUUCCUGCCUUGCUUUCUUCGAUCGUGGUCCUCGCUAUAAAAAAGCACUCGUUUUUGUUGUCCGUGGAAUGAGGCGUUUUUGCAUGUACGUAUGAUGUGAGCUAACUCGGUGCCUAAUGUUCACGUUUUGAGCAGACGUAGGAACCCACUUGCACUCUUUAAGCUCCCACCUUUGGUGUGCCUCACUUCCAGCGGUGCUUUUUAUUUCUCUGGUCUGUCUGUUUCCUUUUCUGUUUAAUUGUUUCUCUUUCCCUUUCUUUUUUUUUUUUUUUUCUUUUGUAAGGUGCUGUAAAUAACUUGAAUAUGUUAUGCACACAUAUCCUACCCAAUGGGUAGAAACCACAAAAGAUAUUGUUAAUAGUGUAAUAUAAUGUAUAGAUGGUAUAAAAAAUUUAACACAUUGGUAUCAGGUUUGUAAAUGCCUACAGUCAAAAUGUGCUUUUGUCUUUUUUUGUAAACAAAGGAGGUUUGCAAACAAUACUUACGAAUUACAGAAUGAUUACAAAGUACUACUUAUUUUUCUUAUGGAUAAUAACAAUAUUAACAGUAUGAAUGGCAGUUGUUCUAGGACAAGAGAGUUGCUUUAAAUAGAAUAUAAUUUUUUUUUAAUCCUACCCCAAAUAACAUAACUUGUAUAACUUGCAGUUUAAUGGUAGAAUUGGAAUACCAGUGCACAUCUAACACUUUCACAUUUACCACAAUCCUUUUCACUCACACCCUGAUGGAGGCAUUGAACUAGCUAGCAAGCUGUAACACAAACAUUGUAUUAAAAUCAUGUUUACAAAAUGGAUUUGGUUCCAUCUAAUCAUUUGGCAGUCAGAGAAAGCUCUUCAUUAGAUCGUGUUUGGAAAGUAACAGCAGUGACGACACUGAUGUUUAUACGUCUGCAGUUUCUUUCCAAUUCACCAACACGACAGAACUAGAAUUUAAUAUAAUAUAAUCAAAAUCAAAUGACUCUCUACAUUCCCAAGGUUGAACUGGUGGUUUAGGACAAGGACAUGUUUUACCUUGCACACAGCCUAGAAAAGGAGCAGCUUACCAAACGUACAGAAAUCUUCAAAGCAGGACGUCUGUAUGUCCGUGUUGAAUAAAAACCAUCAAUCACUGUCCAGCAUUUAUGUAGAAAUUGCAUAAAUUCUAUAUUAUUUGAGGUACUUUGUAACCACGUAAUAGCCAGUCUUAAAUUCCCACGCAACUCUAUGCUUCCAGUCUUUUAAUAAUCUAGCCACAGACAGCGACUACACUGACACUUCUACCAUUCUUAUUUCUUACUUAUUUAUUUCACACAUUCUGUGUACGUGGUAUGUACGUGGUAUGUCGGAACAAAAUGGGGAUUUUUUUUUUUUUUAAUCACGAUUACUGCUGGGUGUCCACUGUAACUGUUGAGCAUGUCCAAGUCAACUGAACUGAAGAUGAUGUACAUAGCGACGGCAUUUCAUUUCUCCAGUGCUCCUUGCUAGGUAGCCUUGAGAGGUUUGUGGUGUGAAGGAUGUAACCCUUAACGUGCGCCGACUGAAACUGAUUGCGCCUCAGUUUGUUUUCCUCAAAGCAUCAGAUGCUUGUACACACCACCGCUAACCGUAGCUUUUCAGCAUUAUUGGUCAAUACUGGACUGCUUCCGUCAUGGACUUUGUAUCAUUUUAGUUUUUAUUUACAAAACUUGUACCCCAGCGUUUCGUGUGUGUACGCAUAAGUGUGUACUUGUAUUUCUGCAUACACGUACAUACGUAUGUUUAUAUACACGUUAAAUAUGUGUAUUUUGCCUCUUUUUAUUUAAGCAAUUGUGAUGUACUAGGUUCUAGGCCUAAGGUCUGUUAUUGCAAUACUUUUUCAGAAAAAAAAAGUUCAAAAUAGUCAAAAAACGUUGCUCUAAAUGCUGUUGUAGUCAAAGAUUUUAUGCUUGUACUGCUGUGGUCAAACUACAGCUAAACCAUUAAAAUGUAAAAAAAUAAAUAAAAUACA